AGACCGAGCACAAGCAGGGGAGGGGCAGAGAGAGAGGGAGACACAGAAUCGGAAGCAGGCUCCAGGCUCUGAGCUGUCAGCACAGAGCCCGACACGAGGCUUGAACUCAUGAACUGUGAGAUCAUGACCUGAGCUAAAAUUGGAAGCUUAACUGACUGAGCCCCCCGGGCGUCCCCAUGAAUUCUCAUUUCUAUUUAAAAUUUCUUACACGUGAACAGUGUUUCACACUUUACAAAGUGUUUUCGUGUACAGUUUAUCAUUUGAUGCCCAAGGUGACCUUCCUGAAGUCGGCAAGGAGGUCUUAAUUUACAAAGGAGCAAAUAGAAAUCGAAAUUGAGGAAGGAUCAGUCAGCUGCAUCCCAGUCCAGAGUUCUUAAUCCUUUUUUUACAGAAGGUUUAGGAGACUUUAAAAUCAAUAAGAACUUAAUGCAACAUAAUUUUUUUUUUUUUUUGACUUGGUAUUUGAUCUCUUACUUGGUCAGAUUUAACUGAGGUUUUGAAGCUCAUUAAUUUGGAUCCCACACCUUGGAGAGGAGGAGCAGGGGUAAGGAAGAAUGUAGCUUCACUACGCAUUUGACGUCAUUUGGAAAUUCGCUUCAGCUCCUGAAGUCUCUUCCCGAGAGGGUGGAUUUAAAUUCAUUACAAGGGCCUGAGAAGAACGGAGACUGGUGAAAUAGUCACUAACAAGAGCAAGUAAAGCAACGAAGUUGUGACUUUUUUUCCUGCCUCGUGGCCUCGCCCCUUUGCAAGGACUGGACUUGUGUUUUAUUGAGUUGCAGUGUUUCGCCGACAGUGGGUGCUGCGCCCUGUCUUGUGACAUUGAACGCUAUCUCGUGUCAAAGGAAGUAAGCUGUGAUAUCAUAGAGGAUUCACUUGGAACUCUGCGGGGUGCUGGCUGACGGUGAUGAGAUGCCCACCGAGACAUGAAGAUUUCAGCUGCUGGUCUCAUCCUCGGGAGCCUGGUGUUAGCCUUCUCUCUGCCUUUGGUGGUGACUUUGCCAAAAACACUGGCCAUCCCUAAGAAGCUGCAAGAAGCCGUGGGGAAGGUCAUUGUCAAUGCCACAACCUGUACUGUCACCUGUGGCCUUGGCUACAAGGAAGAGACAGUCUGCGAGGUGGGCCCUGAUGGUGUGAGAAGAGAGUGUAAGUCUCAGCGCUUGGAAUGUCUCACCAACUGGAUCUGUGGAAUGCUCCAUUUCACCAUUCCCAAAGGGAAGGGAUUUGAGCUCAGCUGUCUGAGUUCAGACAUCCUGGAGAUUGGGCAGGAAGCAUUCCGGUUCACCUGGAGACUUGCUCGGGGUAUCAUCUCUACUGAUGAUGAGAUCUUCAAACCCUUCCGAGCCAGUACCUACUUUGUGAGGUUUCCCUCUGUUCAGGAGUACGACUCUGGGACAUACCGGUGUGAUGUGCAGCUGUUAAAAAACCUGAGACCUGUCAAGAGACUCUAUUUUGGGCUGCGGGUCCUUCCCCCUGACUUGGUGAACCUGAAUUUCCAUCAAUCCCUUACGGAGAAUCAGAAGUUAGUUGAUAAGGGCCUGGAAGUGAAUCUAGACAACCAGUCCGAGCCUCGCCGCCCACGGUGGAAGAAGAAGGUGGCUGUAGCCUUGGGAAUAGGAGUUGUCGGUGGAGUGGCUGGUGGUGUAUUGAUGGCCAUUGCUCUGGGCUUUGGGCUGAGGGUGGUCUAUAGAAGUGCUGGCCUUGAGUCCUUAAAAGCCCUGAAGGACUGGCUGCCCAGGACCCUGGACUGGCUGUUUAGGAAGCCAAGCUAGCUCUUCAAAGGAUUGUCUGGCUGAGUGAUUGUGGCUCAGCCAGGGGGGAGGGCUUCCACUGCCAAAAGUGAGUGGGGCCCGGGGACAGGGGCAACACCAUGGUAGCGUGAUGGGCAGUGCUCUGCCUCUCCGUGUCCCGGGUGGAUCUCUUCCUGAUCUUUCCUGCCCACGCGGCACCUGGGAAGCCUGAGUGUAGACCCCUCCCCUGUCCCCGGGAAGAAGAUUCUGUCUUCAAGCUCGCAGUCAUUAUCUUUCACAAUUUGAGGCCUCUCUACCUCCAUCCCUUCUUCUGGGUGGUAUAAUCACAUAAAGGAUAUAUUAAUAGCUUGUCUAAUGGAAACCUGUUUUUCCUCUUCAAUAAAAAUAAUUCACAGUGGCUGUGUAUCGACCUGAUCUUCUCUGCUCUUUGGUAAAAAUCUCCUGCAUAUGUGUAAGUUGUCCCAUAAUCAAUCUAGCUCUCCUCUUUCUUAGAUUUCUUAGACAUUGAGCACAUUGCUUUGGAGGAGGGCAUAUGCCCAUGUGUGGCCAAGCCAAGGCAAUUAGUAAUGGCAUCUGACCCGGGUAUGUAACAGUCACUCAAUACAUUGCUCCUUCUCUACGCCCCCGGUGAGCCCUCUGUGUUCAGUGUUAAAGACUCCUGGUAAAACGCUGGACCCUUCACCUGGUAGGUUUCCCCUGAACAAGUUCCUUGGCUUGCCUCCUGCUCCUGUUGUUCUAGCUCUUGCAGUGCCCUGACGUGUGUGUUCCUGGAAAGGUCAAGUGUGUUGGUUUCUUCCAGCAGCCAAGGCUGUCCAAGGAGGGACUAAGACCUUCCUACCUCCGUAGGAAAUAAAUCCUAAGACCCUCAGAGGCCAUUGAGGCAGUGUGAGGUAAUUGGCUGAUGUCAGGAAAGAGGCUCAGCCACCCCCUGAGCUCAUUCCGAGAGAAUUAGAGCAUUUCUUCUCCUCACUUUUCUCUAGCUGCAGACAUGGUAGCAGAUAGGAAGACUUGGACUAGUGGUUCUCUUCUCUAGCUAUGUGUCUGAAUCACCUGGAUAAACUUUUGAAACAUAAGAUUCCUGAGCCCCAACCCUGAGGAUGCUAACUCAGUUAAAAUCAUGGCUAAUGGCUCAUUACCAUUCUAUUAAAAACAAUUUCAGGGGCACCUGGCCGGCUCAGUCGGUAGAGCGUGUGACUCUUGGUCUCCGGGUCAUGAGUUUGAGUCCCACGGUUUAGCUUAAUUAAAAGAAAAACAUUAAAAAAUAAUUUCCACGCCAUAGAAAAGUGGAAAGAAAAGUUUGAUGACAACCUGUAGAUCCUCUGCUUAGAUUCACCAACUGUGAACGUAUUGCUACAUAUAUCUUUCUGAAUAGAUGCUGAUUUUACUGAACACUUGGAAGUUAGGCACAGACAUUGUGACCCUUUACUCCUAGAUCGUGUUUGCAUCUGCUAAUAAAGAUUCUUCUGUACAACUGCAACAUCUUCACACCUAAGAAAGUGAACAAUUCCCUAAUCUUGCGUAUGGUUGUUACUUCUCUGUCUUGCCCAACUUCUAAAAUCUGAUAGAUAGCCUUUUAACGUUUGAUCCAGGAUCGAAUGCAGGUCCACAUAUUACCUUUGGUGGUUUCUCUUAAGUCUAGUUUUGCAACAGACCUCCUGGGUUUUUUGUUGCUGUUUUGCAUGACGUUGAUCUUAUUGAAAAGUCUAGCUGGGCCGAUCGUCCUGGAUAGUGCCCCACAGUCCGGGUUUGUCGUCAUUGUCACAUGACCGGAUUGCGGAGGAAUGGAUCUUCAACAUUUUUUGAUGACAGCUCCACACAAAUGGUGUCCACUGCUCACCACAGGUGCACGGUGUCGGGUGACUCGUUACCGAUACGAUACGCGUGACGAUUUGGUUAAGGUGGUGACUGCCCCGUCUCUCCAAAGGUGUAUUUUUUUUUUUUUCCUCUUGUAAUCAUUUAUUUGUGGGACGAUACUUUGUGAUGAUCUGGUUUCCUAAAAGCCAUUAACGCCUUGGAAUCCAUUCACGAUCCUUGCUGAUUACCUGCUGGGAACUGCAGCGUCUUUAAUGUGCCCUUGCUGUACUUAUUAGGCUGCAUUUUUCUGUAAAGAAGAGCUACUCUUUAUUUUUGAGCUCUCCGUGGAUUCUCUUUUUUAGUGCAUUAUAUAUAAUCCAUUAAUGUCUCAUUUCUGGUGUUUAAAUCGUCCCCAAUUUUGGCCAGUGGGAGUCUCUUCGCUCGUCCUUUUAUUGUGGUCCCAUUUGACCCGGAGCAUGUCCUUGCUUUCUAGAACCACAAAAUGCCUCAGAUCCACAUUUGGACUUUGCUUUCUCUGAGGGAUUCUGGUUUCCUUUUGGUGUGGGCAACAGUAUUUAGAAGCCAAGGUCUGGUCUGGGUGCUAAAAGCACUCACCGCCACUCACCUAAGAACUCUUAGGUUCUUUCAUUGCCACAGAUACACAUAAAUCUUAGGAGUUCAGAGCAUCUCUGCUUUUCAGAAGCUUUAUAGGUAAUUCUGGUGGAGAGCGAACAUUGAAGACCACUGGCGUAGGCCCACG